GACAGUUCCGUGACUGGUCCAGAGCACCUUUUGCGUUUCGUAUAAUUCAGUGGAAUUACAUAAUUCGAGGGUAAAUAACCUCAGCUCCGAAUCCGGUUCGCGCUUCGUGAUAGAUUUCUUUUGUAUCGCCGAGACAAACGGUGGUCCACGUGACCAGACAUUUCUCGAAGCGGAAAGCCAGCACAUUCGAUAAUCUACAUCUUGAAAGUUUGAACGGUGCCUCCACUAGCCUUUGAUUGGUAUUGCAGUGGAUCGACGGUAGGGAAGAAAAGGACGAAGGGACGACGUAACACGCGAAUCGACUUUCAAUUUCGAAAGACGGUAUUAAAGUUCGAGCUAUUCGAUAUCCACGCGUGCAUUGGCAACCGACACACAAGCCCCUUCCUUUACAUUUAAAUAAAACCGCGAUAUCUUUCUAUUCUACGCGAACGUUUUGAUCCGUACCAAGUGAAGUAAAAGCGAAACGUUCGAGAAGAUACUCGGUGAUUUUCCGAAACGAAUGCGUCUUUGCGAGUUUAAUCGGUUUUCAGUGUCACGAAUGUCUGUCAACGCGUGAAUGACGGAAGUCGAUUUAUCGGUAAACGUUGUCCAAUUAUUUUUCUAUCUUAUCUAUCGCCGCAUAUGUACACUGAACUUGAAUUAAACACUUUGCGCCGGAGCGGAAGAACUCGCUCGUCCACCGACGCAAAUACUAAGAAAUUUUUAAUGUGAAAGGAAAACCAAUUGGAGCUUUCUGUAGGCACGAAACUGUUAUAUUUCCGUGUCACGUUGCAAUAUGUACACGAAUUGUGAGAAAACGUGACAGUUGUAAUAUUGUACGGGAUUUUAUUGCGUAUCGCGGAAUGUCAUGGCAGCUUCGAGGAUAAUCAAGUUAGUUAAUACCAUUCAUUCUUAUAGGACCCUAUCGUGCGCCAGGGUCUUAUGAUAUAUCGCUGAGUAAUUGGCAUAAGUAGUAAUUUCACUCUUUUUUUUAAUUUCUAUUAAACGUCGAUCGCGUGUCUCAGGCAAACAUGGACAUGUGUUUAACGCAUAUUAUUUGUAUGCUUUUUGCCUCCCUGAAUCGAUUCAUUUGCAUAAGCGAUAUUAAAUGCUAGAAGCUGUACAAAUGUAUCUGAAAUAUUAGAUCUUCCCUCGGUUGUUGGGUCCAUGGUAAAUUACACACGACAUCAUCGAUAAUCAAGAGACUCGAAAGAGGAACUCGCGCGACUAAUUAUUAGCGGAAAGAACGGAAAUACGUCGCGAGAGAGAUGAUCGAACGUGUACGCGAACGUUAUGUAAAGUAUCCUUUCCAAUUCCUAAAAGAUGCAUAUCAAUCUCGCUUGAAAAAUGUUCGUUUCCUGGCGAAAAGAUCGAUUGCUUAAGAGACAAACCAUACGUAUAACGAAAAAAUAUAAGAAUACAAAAAAUCGAGAAAGACACGCUGACGAUCAAAUGCCGAUAUUUCUGAUCGCUAAGCAUCCUAAACAGUAUUCGUCUGUCCCUGAACCUGUAAGAAUGGCUUUUGCCCGUACUGAGAGUAUAUAAGACUGACGACGUCCUAUCACAAAGCGCAGUGUUAGAUUACCACCUCGACGUCAAGAACGAGCCUCGCGUUAUUGACAAACUCGACGGUGUUUCUACAUUCAGUGGUCAAUUGAAUCAACAAUUGUCAUCGUUUCGAAACGAUAUCAUCGCCCAAAUUUUAACAAAACCGGUUUCGAACGUAUAAGAUUCACGUUGAAUAUUACAUUAUGGAAACUGCGCUAUCUACGGACUUGGUCAAUUCUGCUCGUAGCGAUGUCGGCAAGAGUCAGACCACUUUCGCGAAAGAUGUGCCGAAAAUGGUCAAGUAUACGCUGGCUGAUUCAACGAACAGCGAAGGAAUUGACAUGGACUAUCAGAUUCAAUCAGUCACUAAAGAUGAUAAGCUCAGGGUACUUAACUUUCUCAAGCGGUACUUCUUCAGAGACGAGCCGCUCAAUCAAUCGAUCCAAUUGCUAGCAGGUAGAGAAGACUUCACUUGCACGGAAUUGGAGCAGUAUAGUCUAACUUCCCUUGAGAACGAUCUCAAUCUGAUGGCAGUCUUAUCGGACGGUACUUUAGUUGGUGUAGUAUUAAAUGGAAAGAUGGAUCCUCCAUGCGACGAAGAACCACACUACAUAUCUAAGUGUCGAAACCCAAAAUUCAAAAAAAUUCUUCAGUUACUGCAUCACGUGGAUCAGAAAGUAAAUUGCGAAGAAAAUUUCCACGGGUUGGAUGUCUUGGAAAUUAAAAUAAUUUCCGUAGAUUGUGAGUGGCGAGGCAGAGGCGUUGCCAAAGCGCUGCUAGAAAGAACACUUGAAAUUGGGAAAGAGAGAGGCUUUCAAAUGGCACGUGCCGACUGCUCGUCCUCUUUUUCUGGGAAACUAUGUGCACGAAUGGGCUUUGAACGAGUCUAUGAACUCAACUAUGCGGAUUAUCUAGACGAAGAUGGUAAUCCUAUCUUUUCCCCUGAAUCGCCACAUACAGAAAUUGUUUCGUACAUUAAGAGAUUGUGAAAAGCGUCAUAAUACGUAUUUGAAAUCAGGUACCCGUUUAAAAUCGAGUAUAACUCAGAAACGCACUCCUAUAUCUACGUUAUAUUUUUCUUAUUAUCAAAUAUCCGUACACGUGAUACAUUUCUUUUCUGAAUGUUUCUUUUCUUUCGUAAACAUUUUUUUUUUCUACGAAUUAAUCUGAUAUCUCUAUAAUUAUUUCAUCGCGAUGCUAUAAAAACGAAUUGUGCCAAAAUAUCAACAAUAAUAAAGUUUAAGAAAUAACUCGCACGUUAAGAAGUACACUUGAUUUAAACAAUAGAUGAAUAUUGCAUUAUUAGCAGCAUAAAUAGAUAUAUAAAAGUUACACGUCCUAAUUUUAUUGAAUGUGUUUAAAAUAUGUAUGAAUUUGUUAGUAUUCUGUUGUAAUGAAUUUAUACACAAAAAUAAAGAUGACACAUGAUUUGUAUAUAAGCAUAA